UUAAAUCUCAAUAGUUAUUUUUUUUUUCACCUUCUCAUUCUUUCCUCAUAAAUCCACAUUCUUACCCAGUUAACUACUUUUUGAUUCCCUCUCCGUUUUAUUUUCGAUUUAGAAAAUACACUGAAUUGGUUGCACCGUUCUCAAUGUAAGUAGGCAUAAUUUGGUUUAAAAUUGCAACCCUGACCCGCUUCUUCCUAACCGUGACAGUGCCAUUUGGUUCAGCAAUACCAAUUCCAUGGGUGAUCCAAUCCAUCUUCAGAUCUGCGACAUCUGCGACUCAUUCUCCUCCUAAUCAUUACCAUACCAUUUCGUUCACUCAACAGUUACACAGCAACCGUGUGCGAGCCGAUAAUCAAUGAGCGAUCAAGAGGCAUCAGCGUCGACGGAAGUAUCCGGAAUUGGCGAUGUGAAAGAAUGGCUAGCCAAAACCUUCGAAGCUGCAGGCAAACCUGUUCCUGAAUUCGAAUACACUCCACGCAGCGUCUCUCACUUGCACCAUCUUUUAACUCUCUCCAAAGCCAAAGACGAAGCCGCGCGUCUCGUCGCUCGUGAUUUCCGUCUCAAAGCCUCUGAGUAUCGAUCUCAAGCUGCAAGGAUCAGAGAGAUUCUGGAGAAUGUAGGUUUGGCUCAGGAGAGUUUACCGUCCAAUGUGGUUGCGUCCACUCAGGUUCUUGCUAACGUUGCUAACUUGUUGAAUAUAAGAGAUACUGAACUUAGUAGUUUUCUUGUGGCAAUGGGUGAUAUUUCCCUGAGGAAGACUGGUGUGGAGGAGAAAAGGGCUAAAGUGCAGAAGGAGUCCAAGUUUCUUCUCGAUUAUACUAGAAAGGCUAUAGCCAGGUUAACAUAUUUGAAAAGAACACUAGCUCAAUUGGAAGAUGAAGUAGCUCCAUGUGAGGCUCAGAUGGAAAGUUGGAUGACAAACUUGCAAGUGAUGGCUGCAAAAGAAAGGCAGUACAUGCAGCAAUCUGUCAACUAUAAGGCGAUGCUCAACCGUACAGGCUAUACCCCAGAGGUUAGCCAUAGGGUUCUAGUUGAAAUGGCUGAGCAUAGGAAGGAGCUGGAGAAGAAAACUAAGCCCAUCCUUGAUACUCUAAGGAGCUACCAAGAUUUGCCUCCGGACAAAGCUCUGGCUGCCUUAGCAAUUGAAGAUAAGAAAAGGCAGUAUGCUGCUGCUGAGAAGUAUCUUGAAGAUGUAUUGCAAACAGCUCUUGCAAAUUCGGGGUGAUACACUAAAAUAAUUUGAAAGCAUUUUUUCGGUUUGAUUUUAAGCUUCUGUUUUAAACAAGGCUAAAAAUGUCACUUUUGCCUACAACAAUGAUACUACAACAAUGUCACUUUUGUAUAUUAUUAGUGUGUUCAAUUUGACUUUUCAUCUCUUAAGCUAA